UCUUUCUUUUAAAAAUUUAAUGGAAAUUGAAUAGAAUAACGAAUGUGUGCCAAAUAUGUUCUAUGCGGACAAUACGAUUGUGGGUGCUACUUUCGAAUGGAUGAGGUGCUGAAUUAACCCUUGAAGAUGUUGACGGUGUGCUGUUUUGACAAAUGCUUUGCGUUUAUUAUUGUUUUUCUUUGUUUAUUAGCAUUGCGUAGCAUUUGUAUCUGUGCAUAAAUUUUCCUUCCGCACCACAGGAUCGGAGGGGUAUUAUUCAACUAUUUUUUGCUCAUUUUCUCCUCCCAACCCAACCUGUACAGCAUACGCCUGUGCUGUGAUAUUCGUUUCGUGUAGCUUUCUAGACGAAUGCCAAAGUGGAACAGCUGGUACCUCUUUUGCAGCGUUGGGAUCUGUUCAUGAGAAUCUGGUCUGCCGGUAUGGCAAGCGAGAUAACAACGGAACAGAAUCCAGACGGGAGUGAUGCAGGAACUGUCUACCUUCCAGCCUUCGUAUCAGUUGGGGCCUGUUUUGUAAUAUCCAUAAUUUAUGUCGCUAGCUUAUAUGUGUGGAACUCAAAGCACGAUCGUGACCACCCAUCAACAAUAAAGAGGCGAUUUUUUAGCGUGUUUGUGGUAAUGCUCGUAGCUCCAUUUUUCGUGUUAACCCUUACCAGUAAGGAUGUGUUCCACAGUUACACAAUGUGGCAGAUCAUGGGGUUCCGGAAGGAAGGAUUAUUUACCGCCACGUUCGUUCCAUUGCUCCUCACGAUGGUGCUGUUUCUUGGUCCGCUAAGCGUGCAGCUAUCGAAUGGCAUCUGGCGCAUCUAUUCGGAACCGAUGUACUGGAUGAAUGCUGUGCGGAAUUUGGUAUGGUUGCGGAAUCACCUUGUCGCGCCACUCUCAGAAGAGUUUACCUUUCGUGCCUGUAUGCUGCCCCUGCUACUGCAAACCUUUCGACCAUCGAUCGCCAUGUUGAUCACACCGCUUCUGUUCGGGUUGGCACAUCUGCAUCACAUCAAGGAGCGGCUGCAGAAUGGUCGUCCGAUACGGGAGGUUCUGAUUGUGUCGUUCUUUCAAUUUUUUUACACCACCAUCUUUGGCAUCUAUUCAGCACAUUUGUUUGUGCGGUCGGGACAUUUCGUCGCACCGUUUGUGGUGCAUGCCUUCUGCAACCAUAUGGGAUUUCCCGACGUUCAAGAGGUGCAAUCGCAACCACACCGUAAAAAGUAUCUUUUCAUCGGUUUCUAUGUGCUUGGGCUGGUGGGAUGGAUCGUUCUUUUACCUACCCUGACCACACCAAGCUGGUAUACUAAUAAUCUUUUCUGGGCUUCUGAGCUGUAACUUGAAGACAGGAUACCGUGCCAUCGCGUAAUCGCUGCAUAUGCCUAUCUGUACCAUUCUUACUGUACUAUGUGUUCAAUGUCUUGCUUUAGGAUAACUUGUUCAACCGUGGUGUGACUAAUUGUUAAUUUAUUUGUUUCAAGCCCGUAUCCACAUGAGUUAUGUUUGUGUUAUAUGAAUAUGUUUUAAAGGCGAAAGUGUUUCAGAACUGUAUGGUUGAAGUGAUCCGUACUGAAAUAGCUGAUAUAGUGAAAUAUACAUCGACAUCGUGAGGUAUGCAUUUAAAAUGAUGGAUUAUUGUGCAUUACCGGCAACUGGUUUGCGAGGAUAUAUGCUAAUCAGGAGUUAGUCACAAACGGCCACGCAAGUGUACUUUAAAUUUAAUUACAAAAACCUUGCGCCUCACCUUAUGGUAGUGAUUUGUAUUCGUAAAUAAAGAACAAUUAACUACUACAA